UCUCACUUCAUUUCAUUCAAAGCCGAAAUGUCGCCGACGAAACUCACUUACUUCAACGUGUCCGGCCUCGGAGAGGGAAUUAGGUACCUUCUGCACUAUGGCGGAGUCGCGUUUGAGGACGAGAGAAUUACCAGGGAAGAAUUCCCCGCCAGGAAAGACAAGCUUCCGCUGGGCCAGCUUCCCGUGCUGGAGUUUGAAGGAAAAACUUUGUACCAGUCAAUGUCCAUUUGCCGCUUUCUCGCUAGAAGGUUCGACCUGACGGGAAAAGACGAGUGGGACAGUUUGCAGUGCGACACUGCAGUCGACACGAUUUCCGACAUCGCAUCAGCAAUAACCGCUUACGCAAGUGAAACGGACGAGGAGGCAAAAAAAGUGAAGAAGGCGGCUGCCCUGACGAAAAUUAACUUCCUCACGGAAAAGUUGGAAGGACACCUGGCCAAGAAUGACGGCCACUUUGUCAAAGGACAGUUGACUUGGCCAGACUUUGUGCUCGCCGCAGUCUACACCACCCUGGUGGGAAGAGGCGAAGCAGACAUUUUCGCCGAAAGACCCUUGCUGAAGGCCUUGAAGGCAAAGGUUGACGCCCUGCCUGCGAUCAAAGCCUAUUUGGACAAACGGCCACCCGUGCCAUAUAGAGGCAAAAUGUCGGCUACAAAGCUAACGUACCUUCCGGUUAGCGGUCUCGGAGAGAGCAUCAGGUACCUUCUGCACUAUGGCGGCGUGGAGUUUGAAGACGAGAGGAUUACCAGGGAAGAGCUCGCCAUCAGGAAACCCACGCUGCCGUUGGGCCAGGUGCCUGUGCUGGAGUUCGAGGGCAAAACCCUUUUCCAGUCAACCUCCAUCUGCCGCUUCCUCGCCCGAAGGUUUAAUCUGACAGGCAAGGACGAAUGGGACAGUCUGCAAUGCGACAUUGCGGCUGACACCAUUUCCGAUAUUGGAAUUGCAAUCAGCGGUUAUGUUACUGAAACGAACGAAGAAGCCAAAAAGGUAAAGAAAGCGGCUGCCCUGACGAAAAUCAACUUCCUCACGGAAAAGCUGGAAGGACACCUGGCCAAGAAUGACGGACACUUUGUCAAAGGACAGUUGACCUGGCCAGACUUCGUGCUUGCCGCAGUCUACUCCACCCUGGUGGGCAGAGGCGAAGCAGAUAUUUUCGCCGAGAGGCCGUUGCUGAAGGCCCUGAAGGCCAAGGUUGACGCCCUGCCAGCUAUCAAAGCCUAUCUGGACAAACGACCACCUGUGCCAUAUUAA